AAUAUGAAAGAAGAAAACUUCACUAAGGAACAAAUCAUUGGGUUCUACAAGAAGAUGCUGCUUAUACGUAGAUUCGAAGAAAAAGCAGGUCAGUUGUAUGGAAUGGGAUUGAUAGGUGGAUUUUGUCAUUUAUCAAUAGGGCAGGAAGCAGUUGCUGUUGGAACUCAUGCUGCAUCAAAAUUAGGUAAUGCUUUUAUUACAAGUUAUAGGGAUCAUGGUUUAAUGCUUGCAUGUGACUCAGAUCCAAAAGUUAUUAUGGCAGAACUUGCUGGAAAAGAAACAGGAUGCUCGAAAGGCAAGGGUGGUUCUAUGCAUAUAUUUGACGUUGAAAAAAAAUUCUUUGGUGGGCAUGGAAUAGUUAGUGCGCAAGUUCCAAUCGGAACGGGAAUGGCAUUUGCAAGCAAAUAUCAGAAAAAAGAUGAUAUUGUAUUUACAUACUUCGGUGAUGGAGCUGUAAAUCAGGGACAAGUAUAUGAAGCGUUUAACAUGGCAUCUUUAUGGGCGCUACCUGUAAUUUACAUUAUAGAAAAUAAUGAAUAUGCAAUGGGAACUUCUGUACAAAGAUCCACCUUAGUACCAGAGUUAUAUAAAAGAGGUGAAAGUUUUGGUAUUAAAGGAAAGCAAGUUGAUGGUAUGGAUUUCUUUACUGUUUAUGAAGCUACAAGCGAAGCAGUUGAGCAUUGCCAUGCGGGUAACGGCCCUAUGCUUUUAGAGAUGAAAACGUAUAGAUAUCGUGGUCAUUCAAUGUCGGAUCCCGCAAAUUAUCGCUCAAAAGAAGAAGUUGAAAAUGUUAAACAAAAUCAUGACCCAAUAGAAACUUUGAAAAAAUAUAUGGUAGAUAAAAAAAUUGCUUCAGAAGAAGAAUGCAAAAAGUUUGAUAAAGAAAUACGCAAUUUAAUUAAAGAAUCAGAAGAUUUUGCAAAACAUAGCAAAGAACCAGAAAGCUCUGAGUUAUAUACAGAUGUAUAUAAGUAGAUUGCUCUCUUAAAGUAGCUGUGAAACUGAUUAUUGAUUUAAUGAGCUUCUAGUUAUGCUUGUUUUGCAU